UAAAGCUAGAUUCACUGCUUUACUUGCCGCGAGAUUUAUCUCAAAAUCUGGCAGUCAACAUUCUAAAUUAGCAUACAUUUUGAAUUUUCUCACAACCUCUUGCUUACUUCACUAAUAAUUUAGAAAAUAGUGCUAGCUCCGUUUACUCACUCUUAGCAGGGGUAUCCGCAAGUUUUAUAACGUCCACCCCACCACCCGUGACAGAAUGAUAAAUGGCGCCAUUAAACGAAACUGGGUACCGCUAUAUAUUUUCCUGAUCGUUGCCUAAUGUCCCUUUCUAAAGACUACUUUCACAGGCAAGACAAGCACUACAAAUAUGGCUCUAACAUAUCAGCUCACAUCUUUGCUUUGGCAAAAAUUGCCUUGGAUUCUCACAGUAACAGGAUUAUUUUUCUAUCUUCACACACUCUUUGCCUCUCGAAAAAAGCCGCCUGUACCUCCGGGUCCAUCAAGUCUUAGGAUUUUCUUCGACAUUUUGAAAGCGGUGAAAGGAGGGACUCUACAUUUACUGGGGGAGAAGUGGGCCAGACAGUAUGGAGACAUCGUCAUGUGCAGGACCAUCAUCGGCAACUUUUGUUUCCUCAACUCGGCGAGACUUGUCAGACAGGUGUUUACCAACAAGGAGAUAGAGCUUGUCUCCAACGACCGACCCAAAAUGUUCACGGCCGCUCAAGUGAUGUACAAUUUUAAUGAUGUGUCUUUCAGUGACCAAGUCAAUAAUAUCUACUGGCUCAAAAUGAGAAAGCUCUUGCAUUCCACUGUAAUGUUCUAUGGAAGCGGCGUGGAAAAGUUUGAAAAAGUUAUGCAGACAGAGUUAUGCCGCUUAACGGAGACAUUGCAGACGACAAUAAAAACUAAUGGAGAAACGCAUCUUGGACAAUUAGGAGGAUAUUGUGAAGUAGAGCUGGAGCAACUGAUUUCCACUUCCAUCCAGCGCGCCUUAGCUAUUCUGAUCACAGGAGAAGAGCAAAGCCCAGAUUCUAAAGUUCCACAAAUGAUUGGAGAUUUUGCAGUUUGUGCACAGAAAAUCCUGACACCGACUGUUGAUUCUAUUCUGUCCAUUUUCCCAUUCCUGCGGUUUCUCCCUGUAACCUACUACAAGGAGCUGUUUGGAAACACCCUCAAGUGCCGGGACAUGCUCAUGGAAGAAGUCUUCACCAAAGGAAAGGCAAAGCACGUGCCUGGUGAGCCGAAGGGAAUGGUUGGCUCGCUGCUCGAAGCACAGAUGAAAAACAGCAACGACUGGCUUACAGACGACCAUAUACGGGCAAUGCUUCUAGACAUUAUUGCCGCUGCGUUCGUUACUUCCACCGAGUUGCUCAAGUCGUUUUUCCUGUACAUGGCUCACUAUCCUCAAGUCAUGAAGAAGAUUCAACAAGAAAUAGACAGCACCCUGGGACACAGAUCCCCAUCACUUGACGACAGAAGAAGCUUCCCUUUCAUGGAAGCAGCCAUUUUGGAAGUGAUCAGAAGCACUUCCAACGUCCCCUUAGGUGUGUGGCACGAGACAAGAGAGGACAUUCUUACUGAUGGAUUCUGCAUUCCCAGAGGCACCGUGCUGUUUGAAAACAUUUGGUGGAUGAAUAAGGACCAAACAGCAUGGGAGGACCCCGAGGUUUUUCGUCCAGAACGUUUCCUUGACGACGAGGGUCAGCUGUUGCCCGCUACUCAUCCCAUGAGAUGGAGAUUUCUUCCCUUUGGGAUUGGAAAGCGCAGCUGUCCGGGGGAGAACUUCGCGCGCUCGCGGGCCUUCCUCUACGUCACAACGCUCUUACAGAAAUUCGACUUCCUCCCGCCUGUCAACCACGACUUGCUUCCCCUCACACAAGAUUCGUGGACAGAGGGUCUCGCCUUGCAACUCAAACCAUGCCAAGUGGCGAUAAAGAGGAGGUCACAACAUCCACAAACGGGCGAGCUGUCGGCCUAAAGCUAAACCUAGAAAGAUCAUGGCACUUUAUCUUUUCACGGACGUGUAUAGGUGAUUGCUGUCUGUCUCCCGAGACCAACGCUUAGCCUCUUGCGAAGUUCUCCGCUGUUAGUUUCGGCGAGCCUUAACAAUGAAUGGGAAUAAACUGGAAGCUUAGUACACACCUGCCUAGUUUUAGUAGUUAACUGGAUCUCCCAGCAGUCCAGUGAACAGGUUCGUGAUCUUUUGGUCCCCGACGGGCGAGCUAUCGGCACAAAUCAUACGAUAAAGAAAU